AUGUGACAAUCAAACAAAGGUACAUUCAUUUGGACGUCGUAGAAAAAGCAGUGCUUCCAAAACCAGAUAUGCAAAAAUUAUAUGAAAUGUUCUCAUCCAUAAUUAAUUUGAUGCUCAUUCUAUCU